AUGGAGGUCACAAGCUCUCUGUCUGUCUCAUCUUGGUUGCUGUUGUUAAUUAUUGGCCUGCUGACAAUCUGUCUCUUAAAAUCUCUCUUACCAAAACGGAGUAUUGACAUACGAGGAAAAUACGUUCUAAUUACGGGCUGCGACUCUGGUUUUGGUCGCGCAACAGCCAUUCGUUUGGACGAGAUGGGAGUUCGUGUGUUGGCGACUUGUCUUACAAGCGAUGGUGAAAAGGGUUUGAAAUCGGUGACAAGCGAUAGGCUGAAAACAUUUCAGAUGGAUGUGACAAACUCGCAGCAAAUUAAGGAAGUGUUUGAAGAAGUUAAGAAAGAAGUUGCCUGUGGUAGGUCACUAGGUUAUGCCCUCUGCCCCUACUUUGUAGAUCGCAUAAUCUUUCCUGGAAGAUUUGUCCCUUAAACAAUUUUUGAAAGGAAAUACUCCUUUGAGUAUCGUCACAUGGUGUAACAAAAGCAAGUGGCUUGUUGUGGAUCCACAGGCCGCUCAGACUCUAUGUGUUCGUUGGAAUUUUUGAACACGGGCCCGUAGCAAGCAUAAAAUGACUGGGGGGGCUGAGCGAGUGGCCCACAUUAACUCCCCCCCCUGCUUCGGUCACUCGGUUAAAGCAUACUUUUUGGUACAUGUCAGAUCGCUACAUUUGUCUACAAUACCUUCCGGGUUGUUCUUUGAUUCGGAUUGUUUCUUCGAUCACACCAGGCUCUGUUUCACUAGUGCAUGGUUUUACCCACAAUAAAAGUGUUCCCUGCUCAUUUUUCGACUUGUUUGGAUUUCUUUUUCGGCGGCUCUUGCGAAGACAUUGUAAGACUUUUAAUAUUAAUGCGCAAAAACUCAAGUUUUACUCCAGUACAGUAGUAUAUUUUACAUUGGCGGACCUCUAAGGGAACCAAUCAAGGUGAAGAGGUCAAGUUCAGGGAUUGUCUUUGGUGCAUUUUGAUCCAUAGUAUUUUUGCUUCUGACUAUUUUGAUGCUUAAUAAGCAGAUAUUUUAAAGCUGUUGGUUGUUUUUGGCAGAGCAAAAAUAUGAUUUUGUUCAUUUACACAAUUCCAAAUUGCACAGAAGAACAACAGUACAUAAUCUUACUAUGAUCGACAGUACUUUGAAACUUAAGCUUCCAUUGACAGCUGUCCAUUCUAGUAGAAAAAUUCCACUUUUGUAGCAGAAUUUAAUUCAAGUCUGAAAAUUUCUGGGGAGGGCUCGAGCCCCCCCUGCACCUCCCCCUGCUACGGGCCUAGAACAGUUGGGGCUGGAAAGGGGGGGGGGGGGGCGGUUCAGAGUUAAAUUGACAGGUCAUUUACUUAAAUAAAUAAAAAAAAAGUUAAUGGUAUUUCCUUAAAUAGGCCACUGCAAAAAAUACCAUAAUAUUCUCAAAUUGAAAAUUAAGAGUAUAGUAGAGGCUCUUGUAAGCAACCACCUAGGAAACUGGAAAAAGUGGUUUUAACUAGAGCUGGUUGCUUAAGAGAAUGAGCUCUCAUAAUGGACUGCAUGGUAAAACAACAGAGGGUGGUGGCUUACGAGAGUUUCAGGAACUCAUUAAUAAUUCAUUAAAAAAAACAAAAGAAAUACUGAGUGGUUUCUUAUGAGAGCUUAAAAACAAAGGAAUAUUUGAGUUCAGUUGGGUAAUCCCAAAACUGGUCUCGGUCACUUAUGGGAGCAGUCACUUAUGAGAGCUUUUCAUAACAAAGUUUAAGUUGCAGCUCAAACGAGGUUUCACAAAGGUGGUCAUUACUAGAGCUCGUUGCUUUUAAGAGCAGUUGCAAGGAGAGCCUCGACUGUAUUAUAUAUAUGGUGGCCUACAGUAAACUGAAAAUUAUGUUACGAAAUGGUCAAUAACAUAUUGAAAUCACAUCAUAAGUGCAAUCAAGAUGAUCCAAGUAUGGACAUCAUUUCUCUCAGAAUUUGUUGGGAUGGUGGUAAAAAGCACAGAGUUUAGCCAUGUUCUUUUUCUGUAGGAUAUAUAAAAAUAUGAAAAUUUUCUGUCACAAAUUGAGCUUUUGGCCAGUGUACUAGCAUGUACUAGUAUGUAGUGUUUGCUCUUUUUAGAUUUGGCAAAUAAAAAAUCUACUUCUUCUGACUUGCUAAUACUUAUCUGCUGGAGAGUGAGUUAUCCAGUGGAUAGUGCUAACCAGUGUUACAACAACUGGAGGAGAGUGUUAUCCGUUAAGGCCGUAGGCUGAGGCGGAUAACACCCUCCUUGAUCUCCAUAAUUCUUCAUAAGAUACUCAGCCUCAUUCAUUAACUGUUAAUUAAUUGAUCAACAACCACAUGUAAAUAAUGACGUUUCAUUUUGGUUUCAGCUGGAAUUUGGGGGCUGGUGAAUAAUGCUGGAAUUUUAUAUUUAUCCCCAAUUGAAUGGACACCUCUUGAUGUCUUCAUACGAAGUGCAGAUGUUAAUUUAUGGGGGAUGAUUGAUGUCACAAAAGCCUUUCUGCCACUGAUCAAGAAAUCCAAAGGAAGAGUAGUGAAUCUUUCAAGCGCGGCAGGUUAAGUUUCCUUGCUAGUUGAAUUAUAUAGUUGGGGUUCCCCUUUUUUUUCUUUUUUUCUGUCUGGGGGUACAUUAAUGUAUGACAUGACUUUAAAACAAAGAAAAAUAAAAGCCAUGUGGGAACAGUUUCUAAAAGCUAAAAUCAAAAAAAGGUUUAUAAAAAAAAAAAAAAAAAAAACGCUCUAAGUUGAUUCCGCAUUUUAUCAAUCAAUUCUAAAUGUAGAGUUUAGGAUUCCUAAUCAAUCUGUUCCUUUGGCUUUGGGUAUACCAAGAGUAUUCUUUGGCUAUGGGUAUAUUCUGGGUAUACACGGGGUUUACUUUGGGUAUACCCUGGGUUUACUUUAGGUAUUUUCUGGGUAUACUUGGGGAUUACUUUGUAUGUAUACUAUGAGUAUACUAUACUCAGGGUAUACUUGGAGUAUACCAAGGGUAUACUCGGGGUAUGCUAUUGGUAUUCUCUGGGUAAUAUUCUAGGUAUAUCCUGGGUAUACUCUGGAUAUACUGUGGAUAUACCCUGGUUAUACUAUGUAUUUCUACCACUGUGCAUGUAUUCCGUGCCUGCAAUGUAGCCAUGUGUUUUUGAAACCUGAUUCCCUGUAAGUUUGUCAUUUUGGAACUUACAACAGUCAGUACGUUUUUUUGUAUUAUUUUCGGAUGUUUACUUUCGAACUUUUGAAUGCUGAACUCUUUCUUAUAUAAUUAUUGGCUUACAUUUUGGUUUUAGAAAACCUAACUCAUGCAUAUGAUAUGGUAGUGAAUUCAUUUGGACCUACUUGAACUUCAAUGUAUUUUGGACUUGACACAGUCAUUUGGAUCUGGAUCUAUUCAAAAUGUGGAAUGAGUGUUUUCUCUGGGUAUACUCGGGGUAUACUAUGGGUAUGUUCUUAGUAUAUUCUGGGUAUUCUAUGGGUAUACUGUGGGUAUACUAUGGGUAUACUCUGAGUAUACUCUGGGUAUACUUUGGAGAAGAAGGUUUCUGAUGAAGGCGAAGAGGGGACAUGGAAUGUUUCAAUCUCUUAUCCCCUUAUCAUUGCAGGACUUAUUUCUCCUGGUUUUUAUGGAUCUUACUCUGUGACCAAAUAUGGAGUGGAGGCUUUUUCGGAUGCCCUGAGACGUGAAAUGUAUCCCUGGGGAAUAAACGUUAGCAUGCUAGAACCUGGAUCCCAUACAACUAAUAUCUGCGCUCCUGAUAUGUUUGAGCAACAACUGAAAAAAGGAUGGAACCAACUGAGUGAUGUGGUUAAAGAUGAGUAUGGGGAAGAAUACCUAAGAACAGGUGAGUUUGAUGAUAAACUAGCCUCUUAUGCAGAAGAUAGCUCUUUGGACAGCAUGUUGAUGGCCGGGUGA